UGACAGCGUAAUGUUGAACCAUGGGUGCUUUGAGUAUUUUCAUGGACUCCCCUUUCUACAACAUCUGGGUCUUAGCCGAUGUUACCAGCUCCUUCCUGCUUCCUUAAUAAAACUUGGUGAAAUACCAACAUUAAAGACUCUUCAGGUAUUUGGAAUAAUGCCUGAUACCUCCCUAAUGCUCCUUAAGGAAGUGCUUCCUCAAAUAAAGUUCAAUUGCUCACCGUUAACGAGUAUCGCACGGCCAACUGCUGGCAAGGCCAAGAGCGAUGAGAUUUGGGGCAUCAGAUGCAGAUUGAGACUGACAUCUACCAGUGGCUUCUGA